UCUCUGGAUGGAUAAAGAACAUCAAUCCCCGAUGAGCUAUAUGGAUCAGUUCGUUAAAGCCAUUUCAUCCAUGCAAGAUAAAGUACCUCAUUAAAGCAUGAGUGUUGAAAUUUGAAAAUGUUCCGCCCCCCCAGGUAAUCCUUUCAGUCUUUGAUUUUUUAAGUAUGGAAAAAUCUACAUCAAAAAAGCGAAAAAAGGCUAAGAAGAGAAGCCGAUCUUCUUCACCAAGUAGCGAAGAUGAAAAAUACAAGAAAAGACGACAUGGCCAAGGUGAUGUUAGUGGAAAAAGUUGGGAUGGGAGGAGAAGAAAGGACAGUUUGAGUGGUUCAAGUGAUUCAUCAUCUUCUGAGAGCGACCAGGAAAAAAUACAGAAGAAAAGACGGAAACUUAAGAAGAAGGAGAAAAAGAAACGGAAGGAUAAACAGAAAAGGGAUAAACGAGAGAAGAGAAAGAAAAGAGGAAAGGAGAGACAAGAUGCAAGUGAAUUGUCAGGAACAGUUGUUACAGGUGAAGAGAUGGUGACUGUUUCAAUGCCGCCAGAAAAUCAAGCACUGAAUGAGUCAUCCAAGAGGCGGCCCAUGGUCCCAAUGACCAAAGAAGAGUAUGAGAAACAGCAGAGCCAGGUCAGACGAGUUUUUGAUCCAGAAACAGGAAGACACAGGUUGGUGAAAGGUGAUGGGGAAAUCAUUGAGGAGGUAGUAAGUUAUCAAAGACACAAGGAAAUUAACAAGCUUGCAACUUCUGGUGAUGGGGCAGCAUUUCAAAAAUCUCUUGGAUUGCAUAAAUGAUCUUUUUCCCGUUGUUUCAGACCAAAGCAAUGCUUGUGCUUACUGUUGCGGUAAUGAUUCUCGUGAAUAACGCUCUGAAAAGGUCAUCAAAAAUCAAAAUUAAUGUCCACUAUCAGGACAGAAAGAAAUGAAACCAAUGCAUUAAUCUUACUUCUGAA